GGGUAUUUUGGAACUAAAACAAAAUUACGCCAUAUUUAAUCCUCGUGUGGUGAAAGUUGUCAGUAAAUUGCAAAAAUGUAAAGUGAUAAAAAUUAUCAAGUUUAUUUCUAAUCAUAUAUUAUAGUGCAAUUAUGGCGAAAGACUACAAUAGUAGUGGUGACCAGGGUUCUCCGUAUUCAAAUCAAGAAGAUACUGAACAGUCAUUCGUUGGAAAAGUCAAAUCAAUUAUUAGUAAUACACCACUGAGAAGGUGGUUCGGAAGACAAGACGAUAGUGUUAAGCCAACAAUAAGGAGACGUGAAGAAGACGAUUCCGAAGACGACACAGAACAGUUUCGACCCCCAGCAAAAAGAGCAAAAUUUGUGGUCAGUCGCGAAGACGUCAGUGUUUCACACAUAAAAUCCAGUGAUAGUAUCAAAGACAAAUUAUUGAUAAAUAGGAAUUAUAGUUUUCUGGAGCCAGUAGCAGGUCCAUCUGGUUUACAAACACGAAAUUUACUUAACAAUGUUAAUUCUUCUAUAAAUAGUGAUAUAAAUGUACAGUUGUUUAGUAGUGACUUUUUAAAUGGACAUAAAGACUCUGAUAGUGAGGAAUCCACAAGUGGUUAUUCUUCGGUAGCUAGGAUUGGGAGCAAAGAGCAUGUUUGUCAAAGCGAAGGAAGCUCAAAGCAGCCUUCCCCUCGGCAAACCACCUCGCCAAAUAGGAGAUCUCUCUUUGAAACCCCAACUGUAAAUAUGGCAAACCGUUCCCUGUUUGUGGAUAGGACUGCAAGUCCACAGCUCAGCACAUCGAUGAGCUUAAGAAGACCCCAAUUUAACGCAUCAACUUUUGGUUCGCCAAACUUUUUCGAUCAAACGUUAUCCACAGAAAAAGUAAUUAGUUCACCAUUUUACAGUGGAAGUACAAUGUACGGGGGAGCUUCAGCUUAUGGGAAUAAGUUCGGUAGGAGAGUAAAAGAUUUUAGAGCUAAUCUGAAGAGAUCGGUUCAUAUCAAACCUAUUAAGAAGACUAGUGAGAAUGGAAAUUUAGUGUUAGGGAAAACUGCAAGGAAAAUUUUAGAAACUAUAGAACAAUAUACUACACCUGUUAACGAUGCUAAGAAAAUACCUGUAGCUUCAAAAAGGGCUAGAUUAGAUAGUAGCUUGCUUGGGCAGCACAUCGGUGCAAAACCAUACACUUUAAUACCAGAAAAUGCCUCAAAAAGAGAAUUACAGGUUCCUACAGUAUCUGAGUUACUAAAAAUGAAGCAAAAGGCAAAGCUUCAAAGUAGUACUGAGGCGGUUAGACAAAUUGCCACAACGUCCAAAUCAGACCUAAAUACAGUGCAACAACCUUCACCAACUAACACCUCUAAAGUAGAAACUCCACCAAAAGUAGUGGAUACUCCUAAAACUUUUGCAACAACACUUCAGAAAUUUGAUUCGUCUAAAAAAAUAGAAACUGUUGUUACAUCUAAAAUUUCUCAAAGCAUAGAGGCUCCUAAGCUGACAGAAACUCCUAAAGUAACAAAAGCUGUUUCUAAGCCAGAAACUUCUAAGAAAACUGAAGUGAUACCUCAAAAAAACACAAACAUUCAAAAAGUAGAAAAUACGACAAAAGAAAAGUCGAACAUUUUGCCCAGUCUUCCAAUAACAACACCUUUAAAUAAAUCUGAUUCGCUUACUUCUUCAGCCAUUAAGAAAACAGUUGAAAAAGUGCCAGAAAUCUCUGUUACUACUACCCCAAUGAAGCCUCAAAAUUCGCAGACGUCUUUGGGUAUUGGAGGUAUCAAAAAAACCAAUCAAAAAGAACAGACACUAACCACUCAAUUUAAAUUUUCAGAUCCGUUAGUAGUUGCUGAGAAUCUGAACAGCAUCAUAGCCAUAAACAAUUUCAAAUUUAGCGAACCUUUGACUAAUCUAAACAAAACUGAAAAGAGCUCGAAGAGUUUUAAAGAGAAGAACAACGGUCAAAGUAAUUCCAAAGAUAUUUCAUCGAAUACUUCAUUAUUAGAUAAGUUUAAACCAGCAAGUGGAACUUGGGAAUGCAGCACGUGUCUGAUUAGGAACAGUCAAGAUAAGACGAAAUGCAUAGCAUGCGAAACUCCCAAAGUGAAACCAGCACAGAUCGAGAGUACGAAAACUUCGUUUGGGGAUAAGUUCAAGAUGCCGGAGAAUAUGUGGGAAUGUCCCACCUGUAUGAUUAGGAACGCAAGUGAUUGUGCCAAAUGUGUAGCGUGUGAAACACCUAAUCCAAAAGCUGGGUCAUUGGUUACUUCAUCUUCGAAUUCCCUAGGAAAGUUCAAGCCUCCGACAAACAGUUGGGAAUGUUCGACUUGUCUUGUAAGGAAUAAAGCAGAACAUGAAAAAUGUGUUGCUUGUGAGAAUCCAAGGGUAGCAAAAAUAGAUGUGAUGGAUUCGUUUAAAAAGAAGGCAGACGAAUGGACUUGUGAGGUAUGUAUGGUAAGGAAUCAAAUGGAUCGUAGUAAAUGUCAAUGCUGUGAAGCUCUGAAACCAGGAGCUCCAAAACCAACUGCUCAAGAAACUGGAAAAUUGUCUACAACAAAGUACAACUUUGGUUUGGACAAGACAGCAACUACGCAGUUCAAAUUUGGAAUUCAGCCGAUAGCUACAGGAGAAUCUACUUUAACGAAAGUACCCACGCCUGUUGGUACAGAAACUAAACUAAACAGUAGUACAACGCCUACUUUUUCAUUUGGUGUUAAACCUAGUACAGAGAAAAAGCCUGAAGUGGAACCUCCACAACCUGGUGGUAGCAAAGCAGUUGCUGUUGUUAGUGGAACUGUUUUACCAGAAAAAACAUCAAGUACCAUUUCCACCUUUGCUAAGCCGGAAGAGAAAACUGCUCUUCCAACAGUUGCUGCUGCAAAGGAAUUAAGUACAGCACCCACUGCUGCUGUAAAUGAUUUGAAUUCGGCGAGUCAUAAGCCUGCAUUUAGUUUUGCUGCGGAUAAAUCCAAGCCUAUUGCCAAAUUUGAAUUUUCUAAACCGGCUGUACCUGCGGCAACCAAUUCAGUUGAGCCUCCACCAAACAAAGUAAUCAAGUCGUCGCUUAAUCCAGGAUUUUCUUUUGGGAAAGCAGUCAAUUCCGCUGGUGCCAGUACUGCACCUGUGUUUGGACAGAAUACUCCAUCUGCUACUCCCGUGUUUGGUCAAGAUACAGCGACAUCUCAAUCGACAUUUGGACAAAACAGUUCAACAGGCAUAACACUGUUUGGACAAAAUAAGUCAUCUAGUAGUACAAGUGGUAAUAAUGGUAUUGAUGCUAAGCCUGCUCCAGCCUUUGGAAUUCCUGCUAAACCAGCAGUUGACCUUCCGCCUACCAAUACAACAGUCUCGAAAUCAUUCUCUUUCACCAAACCCAACGUGGAACCGGCGACUAAUGCCCCAGUAUUCAACUUCGGGCAGUCCGCCAGUCAAGCCGUCAGCGCAGCCACUACCCAAUCGUCAGGCUUCAGCUUUGGCCAGGCUGCGAAAGCGCCAGUUUUCAGUUUCACUGGAGCUAAGACAGACAGUGGAUCCACUACGAAUAUGUUUAGUGCAGCUGGCAAAAAUGGACCUUUUAAUUUUGGUGGUAGUAGCCAGAAUGCUGAUACCCAGAAGGCGGGAUUUAAUUUUGGAGCUUCUUCCACGACCCCGACGCCAGCGUUUAAUAUGACACCAACACAACCAGCAGCACAUGCAGCGCCUUCAGGAGGAUUCAACUUCUUUGACGCAAAUGCUAAACCAACAUUUAACUUCAGUGCAGGAACUACACCAGUAUUUACAAGUGCACCAGGUGACGCUGCACCCCCUAGAAAAAUAAAGAAGGCAGUGCGCAGAACUACCCAGCGGUAGUCAUUUGUUUUGUUACAGUGUAAAUAAAAGAAUUAUGGACGAAUCUGAUAUAUAAUUUGAACGCUUAAGUUUCGCGGUUGUUUGUUUGUAAGGUAAGGAAUGAAUGUUAGAUUAUUACGGAAAGAAACUUGUUGGAUCAUUGUAACUUCUUAUAAUCUGUAAAUUACUAAUUAACACAAGAUAAUGUAAUUAAAUAAAAUAACAAUAAAAUUUAUCGUUUU